AUGUUCUGGAGAGCACCUACCUUAGAGCUCCGUCAACCUUCUCCCUCCACUCACUAUCGAACACUGGAGUCUGGGAAUGGACCGACCGGGGGCGAAGUCGCCCGAGGAGUCGAGGCACGGACCGGCGCGUCGCGCACCACCACAGUCACACUCUCAACAUUCUACAUCGCGUCGCGCACCACCACAGUCACACUCUCAACUUUCAACAUCGCGUCCUGCACAACCACAAUAACAAUCUCAACUUUCUACAUCGCGUCCUGCACCACCACAAUAACACUCUCAACUUUCUACAUCGCGUCGCGCACCACCACAGUCACACUCUCAACAUUCUACAUCGCGUCGCGCACCACCACAGUCACACUCUCAACUUUCAACAUCGCGUCCUGCACAACCACAAUAACAAUCUCAACUUUCUACAUCGCGUCCUGCACCACCACAAUAACACUCUCAACUUUCUACAUCGCGUCGCGCACCACCACAGUCACACUCUCAACAUUCUACAUCGCGUCCUGCACCACCACAAUAACACUCUCAACUUUCUACAUCGCGUCGCGCACCACCACAGUCACACUCUCAACAUUCUACAUCGCGUCGCGCACCACCACAGUCACACUCUCAACUUUCAACAUCGCGUCCUGCACAACCACAAUAACAAUCUCAACUUUCUACAUCGCGUCCUGCACCACCACAAUAACACUCUCAACGUUCAACAUCGCGUCCUCCACCACCACAAUAACACUCUCAACUUUCUACAUCGCGACGCGCACCAUCACAGUCCCACUCUCAACUUUCAACAUCGCGUCCUGCACCACCACAGUCACACUCUCAACUUUUUACAUCGCGUCGCGCACCACCACAGUCACACUCUCAACUUUUUACAUCGCGACGCGCACCACCACAGUCCCACUCUCAACAUUCUACAUCGCGUCGCACACCACCACAGUCACAUUCCUAUCUUUCUACAUCGCGUCGCGCACCACCACAGUCACAUUCCUAUCGUUCUACAUCGCGUCGCGCACUACCACAGUCACACUCCUAACACUCUACAUCGCGUCACGCACCACCACAAUCACAUUCUUUACAUUCUUCAUCAAGUCAUGCACCACCACAGUCACACUCUUAACAUUCUACAUCGCGUCACGCACCACCACAAUCACAUUCUUUACAUUCUUCAUCAAGUCAUGCACCACCACAGUCACACUCUCAACAUUGUACAUCAUGUCGUGCACCACCACAUUCUCGUGUAUAUUAAGUCCGUAUUAA